AUGAGCGAAGGGAGUUUUACAGAGGCCAUGGAGUCACAGAAACGGUACGAGUUCACAGACUACUCGGCCAAGCACGCCCGGCUAGCGCCUCACUUCAUCGGUCUGAAUACCGUGGAACAGGCGGAGGCGUCGCCGCUGCGCGACUACGUGCGGCUUCACGGCGGCCACACGGUCAUCUCGAAGAUCCUGAUUGCGAACAACGGGAUUGCUGCGGUAAAAGAGAUCAGAUCAGUGCGUAAGUGGGCGUAUGAGACGUUCGGGGACGGAAAAGUUGUUCAGUUUGUUGUCAUGGCAACACCGGAAGAUCUAGAGGCGAAUACCGAGUAUAUUCGCAUGGCCGACCAGUACGUGGAGGUACCCGGCGGCACAAAUAACAAUAACUACGCAAAUGUCGACCUGAUCGUCGAUGUUGCAGAGCGUGCUGACGUUGAUGCAGUUUGGGCCGGAUGGGGUCACGCUUCGGAGAAUCCGCUCCUUCCUGAGAAGCUGGCCCGGUCGAAGCGGAAGGUAGUGUUCAUUGGCCCUCCAGGGAGCGCUAUGCGCUCUUUGGGAGAUAAAAUUUCUUCCACGAUUGUCGCACAACACGCCAAGGUGCCCUGCAUCCCAUGGUCGGGUACUGGCGUGGACCAGGUCGAAAUAGAUCCGCACACUAAGCUCGUAUCGGUUGCGGACGAUAUCUACCAGAAGGGGUGCUGCUUGUCCCCCGAAGAUGGCCUAAACAAGGCUAAACAGAUCGGCUUUCCAGUUAUGGUGAAGGCAUCUGAAGGUGGCGGAGGUAAGGGUAUUCGUAAGGUUGUGAGGGAGGAAGACUUUAUUUCUCUGUACCAGCAGGCUGCAAAUGAAAUACCAGGAUCUCCUAUUUUUAUUAUGAAGUUGGCAGGAAAGGCUCGUCAUCUAGAGGUUCAACUGCUGGCCGACCAAUAUGGUACAAAUAUCUCCCUAUUUGGUCGCGACUGCUCUGUUCAACGGCGGCACCAGAAGAUUAUAGAAGAAGCCCCAGUGACGAUCGCUAAACCAGAUACGUUUGCCGAAAUGGAGAGGGCUGCAGUGAGAUUGGGUAAAUUAGUCGGCUACGUUUCUGCGGGAACAGUUGAGUACCUAUAUUCGCACGAAGAAGACAAGUUCUAUUUCCUUGAGCUGAAUCCAAGACUUCAGGUGGAACAUCCUACCACCGAAAUGGUCACAGGUGUAAAUUUGCCUGCAGCACAGCUUCAGAUCGCAAUGGGCAUACCGCUGCAUAGAAUCAGAGAUAUACGCUUAUUCUACGGCCUUGACCCACAUACUGCUACAGAGAUUGAUUUUGAGUUUUCUUCAGCGGAUGCUUUGCAGACGCAAAGAAGGCCCAUCCCCAAGGGCCACUGUACAGCAUGUAGAAUAACGUCAGAGGAUCCAAAUGAGGGUUUCAAACCGUCGGGUGGCUCUUUACACGAGUUGAACUUCCGUUCCUCUUCCAACGUCUGGGGUUAUUUUUCUGUUGGUAACAACGGUGGAAUUCAUUCAUUCUCUGAUUCGCAAUUUGGCCACAUCUUUGCGUUUGGUGAGAACAGGCAGGCAUCGAGGAAACACAUGGUUGUUGCUUUAAAGGAAUUAUCCAUAAGAGGUGACUUUAGAACUACAGUGGAAUAUCUAAUAAAACUGCUUGAGACUGAAGAUUUUGAGGAUAACACUAUUACUACUGGUUGGUUGGAUGAUUUGAUCUCUCAAAAGAUUUCAGCCGAAAAACCGGAUCCUAUGUUGGCGGUAAUCUGUGGCGCUACCACCAAGGCGCACAUUGCAUCAGAGCAAGCGCUGCAGGAAUAUGCAUCCUAUCUCAAGCGUGGUCAAGUUCCUAAUAAGAACAUGCUGAAAACGAUGUAUCCUGUUGAGUUUAUACACGAAGAGAAGAGGUAUAAAUUCACCGUCGCGAAGUCCGCUGAUGAUAGGUAUAAUCUUUUCAUCAAUGGAUCUAGGUGCGAAGUUGGUCUUCGGAAAUUGUCAGAUGGCGGGCUAUUGAUAGCUGCUGGUGGUAAGUCCCAUACAGUUUACUGGAAAGAGGAAGUCGCUGCAACAAGACUGUCUAUAGACCACCAGACAACGCUGUUGGAGACAGAGAACGAUCCCACGCAGCUGCGGACUCCGUCGCCGGGUAAGUUAGUGAACUUUUUGGUCGAAUCAGGCGAUCAUCUCGAGGCAGGCCAACCGUAUGCUGAGAUCGAGGUCAUGAAAAUGCAAAUGCCUCUCAUCGCCCAGGAGAGCGGUGUCCUGCAACUACUAAGGCAACCUGGCUCUACGUUGGCCGCUGGUGACAUUCUAGCCAUUUUAACGCUUGAUGAUCCUAGUAAGGUAAAAUAUGCCAUGCCUUUUGAAGGUAUGCUUCCUGAUCUUGGUGCCCCAGUGAUUGAAGGAACGAAGCCAGCGUACAAAUUCAGAUCUCUAGUUUCGACCCUAGAGAAUGUCUUAAAAGGCUACGACAAUCAAGUGAUUAUGAAUGCGUCAUUACAAAAGCUAAUAGAGGUCCUUAGAGACCCGCAGUUACCUUAUUCAGAGUGGAAAAUGCAAGUAUCUGCUUUACACUCCAGGUUACCACAGGCCUUGGAUCAGCAAUUAGAGCAAUUGGUCGAGCGUUGCCAUAAAAGGUCUGCGGAUUUCCCUGCAAAGCAGCUGGGAAAGAUUUUAGAAAACGCUAUCAACGAGCGGAAAUCAGACCCAUUGUUCCAGACUGUUGUGGAACCCUUGACAAGUAUCACAACUCGUUACAAGACUGGGUUACAGGACCAUGAGCACGCCGUUUUGGGAAGCUUUUUGGAAAAUUACUAUUCAGUUGAGAAGCUAUUCUCUGGCUCUAAGGUUAAUGAAGAGGAUGUUAUCCUCAAGUUACGGGAUGAAAACGCCGAUGACCUAAAUAAGGUAGUCAUGACUGUCCUUUCACAUUCUCGUGUUUCUGCGAAGAAUAAUUUGAUAUCUGCCAUUCUAAAGCAUUACCGUCCUCUAUGCAAAUUAUCAUCCGAGGUGGCGGCUAAGAUAUCUGUUCCCUUGAAACAUAUCGUUCAGUUGGAAUCCAAAGCAACUGCUAAGGUAGCCCUUCAAGCAAGGGAGAUAUUGAUUCAGGCAGCUCUACCUUCGGUCAGAGAAAGGACAGAACAACUAGAGCACAUAUUGAAAAGUUCUGUGGUUAAGCCUACUUAUGGUGCUACCGAGAUGAACCAUACGGAUCCGAACAUUGAGGUUUUGAAAGACCUCAUUGAUUCCAAUUACGUGGUAUUUGACGUUUUGACUCAAUUUUUAAAUCACAGGGAUAAAUAUGUGAUUGCAGCAGCAGCAGAAGUUUACAUUCGCCGGGCCUAUAGAGUCUAUACCGUCGGUGAUAUCAAGUACCAUUCUGGCUUUGAUACUCCAAUUUUUGAAUGGAAGUUCCAAUUGCCAUCUGCUGCCUUCACUUCGCGCCCGCAGGUUACUUCGAGGCUGGGUGUGAACAGAGCUAUUUCCAUCUCAGAUUUGACAUACGUAUCUGAGGCUGAAAACCAACCUUCUAGAACAGGACUACUAGUGCCCGCCCCACAUUUGGAUGAUGUCGACUCUAUUCUAUCGAAUGCUCUGAGCGUAAUUCCUAUGCAAUUGUCCCAUUCCGGUCCUUUGCCAGAUAGGUCUGCGGCGGCUAACCCAUCAUUGUCAAAUGUAGUAAAUGUGGUAAUUUCUUCUACGGAAGGUUUCGACUCCGAGGCAGAAGUUUUGGACAGAUUGAAGGAAAUUUUGGAGCUAAAUAAAAGCGAACUUCUCGCUUCAGCAAUCAGACGCAUUACAUUUGUCUUUGGAUACAGGGAUGGCUCUUAUCCAAAGUACUAUACUUUCAGGGGAUCUGACUAUGUCGAAGAUAAAACUAUUCGUCACAUUGAACCAGCACUAGCCUACCAGUUGGAGUUGGGUAGAAUGUCAAAUUUCCACAUUAAGCCUAUCUUCACAGAAAAUAGAAAUAUCCAUGUCUAUGAAGCGAUAGGUAAAAACUCACCUGUUGAUAAACGUUUUUUCACCAGAGGCAUUAUUAGGACGGGCCGCAUCAGGGAUGAUAUCACUAUUCAAGAAUAUUUGACUUCUGAAGCGAAUAGAUUAAUGAGUGAUAUUUUGGAUAACUUGGAGGUCACUGAUACCUCUAAUUCAGACUUAAACCAUAUCUUUAUCAAUUUCUCUGCCGUCUUUGACGUUUCGCCAGCAGACGUUGAGGCAGCGUUUGGAGGCUUCUUGGAAAGAUUUGGUAAGAGACUUCUAAGGCUUCGUGUUGCUGCGGCAGAAAUUCGUAUCAUGAUAAAGGAUCCGGGAUCUGGGACUCCGGUUGCCCUAAGAGCGUUAAUUAAUAACGUUUCUGGUUACGUUGUGAGAACUGAAUUGUAUACUGAGGUUAAGAAUGCGAACGGAGAUAGAAUUUUCAAAUCAUUGGAUAAGCCUGGUUCGAUGCACUUGAGGCCAAUUGCAACGCCAUAUCCUGUGAAGGAAUGGCUACAGCCAAAACGUUACAAGGCUCAUUUGAUGGGUACUACGUACGUGUAUGACUUCCCAGAACUGUUCCGGCAAGCUACAUUAAGCCAAUGGAGGAAACAUUCGCCGAAGAUGCAGUUAUCCGAUGAUUUCUUCAUUGCGAAUGAGUUGAUCUCUGACGAGAAUGGUGAACUAACAGAAGUUGACCGCGAGCCCGGUACUAAUAGUAUUGGUAUGGUAGCUUUCAAGGUUACUGUUAAGACACCUGAAUAUCCCCAUGGCCGGCAAUUCGUUAUUAUCGCUAACGAUAUUACCUACAUGAUUGGGUCCUUUGGGCCACAAGAAGAUGAAUUCUUUGAGAAAGUUACCAACUAUGCUAGAAAGCGUGGUAUUCCCAGAAUUUAUCUGUCAGCGAACUCAGGAGCAAGAAUUGGUAUUGCUGAAGAACUUGUUCCAAUGUUCUCCGUGGCUUGGAAGACCCCUGGUAAUCCUGAAAAAGGCUUUGACUAUCUAUAUUUCACGACAGAAAUGUAUGAAACGUUGAAGCAGUCUGGUAAAGAAAAUGUCGUAAUUACUGAAAGAAUUGUGGAAGAUGGAGAAGAGAGAUACGCCAUCAAGGCAAUCAUAGGAUCAGAAGAUGGUCUAGGUGUUGAGUGUCUAAGGGGUUCUGGCUUGAUUGCAGGUGCAACCUCAAAAGCAUACAAGGAUAUUUUUACGAUAACCUUAGUGACAUGCAGAUCGGUAGGUAUUGGCGCUUAUUUGGUCAGAUUAGGCCAGCGUGCGAUCCAAGUGGAAGGACAACCUAUAAUUCUAACAGGUGCACCUGCUAUUAACAAAGUUCUUGGCAAGGAAGUUUACUCUUCUAACUUGCAACUAGGUGGCACACAAAUUAUGUACAACAACGGUGUGUCCCACUUGACCGCGCAGGAUGAUCUAGCAGGUGUUGAACAGAUAAUGGAAUGGCUCUCCUAUAUUCCAGCUAAACGUAAUAUGCCCGUACCUAUACUGCAGUCAGAGGACAACUGGGAUAGGGAUGUUGAAUACACACCAACACUUUCACAGCCUUAUGAUGUACGCUGGAUGAUUGAAGGCCGCCAAGGACCUGAUGGAUUUGAAUAUGGUCUGUUUGACAAGGGUUCCUUCCAGGAAACAUUAUCAGGCUGGGCGAGAGGCGUCGUUGUAGGCAGAGCUCGCAUGGGUGGUAUCCCGCUCGGUGUUAUUGCCGUUGACACUCGUACAAUUGAAACUGUGAUCCCUGCCGAUCCGGCAAACCCUGCAUCCACAGAAACUUUGAUUCAGGAGGCAGGCUUAGUUUGGUAUCCUAACUCAGCAUUUAAAACUGCGCAGGCCAUAGCUGAUUUCAACCACGGAGAACAACUUCCACUCAUGAUAUUAGCAAACUGGAGAGGGUUUUCUGGUGGUCAAAGAGAUAUGUACAAUGAGGUCUUGAAAUAUGGCUCCUUCAUUGUUGAUGCUCUAGUGGAUUAUAAACAGCCUGUAUUCGUAUACAUACCUCCAACAGGUGAGUUGAGAGGUGGUUCCUGGGUUGUGGUGGAUCCUACAAUUAACUCUGACCAGAUGGAGAUGUAUGCUGAUUCCGACUCGCGGGCAGGUGUGCUAGAACCUGCUGGUAUGGUUGGUAUAAAGUACAGGAGAGAAAAGCUUUUGAAAACAAUGGAGAGGUUAGAUGCAAAGUACAAAGAAUUGAAGGAUUCCUUGUCAGAUUCAUCACUCUCCUCUGAGGAACAUCAGAAGCUCGCCAACGAGUUGGCUGCCCGUGAGAAGCUACUCUUGCCAAUUUACCAGCAAGUCAGUAUCCAAUUUGCAGGCUUACACGAUAAGGCAGGCAGAAUGCUGGCGAAAGGCGUGAUCAGAAAGGAACUACAAUGGGUGAAUGCGAGACGUUUCUUCUUCUGGAGACUCAGGAGAAGAUUAAAUGAGGAAUACCUCAUUAGAAGACUCGAAUCGGAGCUACCUAACGCCAGUAGACUGGAGAAGUUCGCAAGACUAAGAUCCUGGUACCCUGCUUCUGUGGACCAGGAAAACGACCAACAGGUCGCCACCUGGAUCGAAGAAAACUACCAAGUCUUGGAAGAUUACUUGCAGGCUUUGAAGUUGGAAUCAUUUGCCCAAAACCUCGCCAAGGCCAUCCGUAGUGAUCACGACAACGCGAUAACAGGUCUCGCUGAAGUUUUGAAGCUACUCUCGGCGGAGGAUAAGGAAAAGAUAAUGAAGAGUCUGAAGUAG